GCUCCUCCACUGCGCUGUUGCUGAUGCGGCGCGCCGAUUCACAAUGAGGCGGAAGCUCAAGUUAUUUGAGAGCAUGAUCUCUCCAGUGCCUCCGCUUACAUAUAACAGCAACGAGCAGCAGGAACCUCGGCGUGUCCCACACUGUGUGGAGAUGUUGGGGAGGCGUGGAGUGAAAGCGGACUUCGGAGCAGAAACCAUCGUGCUCAACAUGGCAGUGCCUAAUAUGGUAUUUUCAGAUGUGGAAACUUUCCUGGAUAACCAUCCCGAAUUGUUUGAGGACUACCUGAACAGAAAGGGGAAAUACAGCAUGGUAGAGAAAUGGCUCAAAACCCACCAAGCAAAUAAGUAUCCAGCGAGUUCCGGCACGGACGCGGAUAAAUCGCAGGUGUGUAAGGACAGCUGGGCGAGUAAAGGGGACGGGCUGCAGCGGCGCGCCUCGCAGAAGGAGCUGCGCAAAACUUUCGCCCGCUCCAAAGCGGUCAACGCGAACCGGACGUACGACGAGCACGUGAGCUCGCGCGCGCAGGAGCCGCUGACCAGCAUGCGGCGGCGCGCGCUGCUGAGGAAAGCCAGCUCGCUGCCCCCGACCACGGCGCACAUCCUCUCCGCGCUGCUCGAGUCGCGCGUCAACAUCCCACAGUACCCGUCCACCGCCGUGGACUUCAAGUAUUACCUCAAACAGCACAACGAGCGCGAGUUCUUCCUGGAGCUGGUGAAAGACAUCUCCAACGACCUGGAUUUGACCAGCCUGAGCUACAAGAUUUUGGUGUUCGUUUGCAUCAUGGUCGAUGCGGAUCGCUGCUCGUUGUUCCUCGUGGAGGGCACUGCGAACAAAAAGACCCUGGUGUCCAAAUUUUUUGACGUCCAUGCCGGGACCACUGUCUUGCCAUCUCUCAGCAACUCAGAUGAAGUCCAGGUUCCGUGGGGGAAAGGGAUUAUAGGUUAUGUGGCCGAGCAUGGGGAGACUGUUAACAUCCCCGACGCGUAUCAGGACCAUCGUUUCAGCGAUGAGAUUGAUAAGUUGACAGGUUAUAAGACCAAGUCCCUUCUGUGCAUGCCGAUCCAGAACAGUGAUGGAGAGAUCAUAGGAGUGGCACAGGCCAUCAACAAAAGCCCUAGCGGCGCACUGUUCACUGAGGACGAUGAGAAGGUGCUGCAGAUGUACCUGCCUUUCUGUGGAAUUGCUAUCUCCAAUGCUCAGCUCUUUGCUGCAUCCAGAAAGGAGUAUGAUAGGAGCAGGGCUUUAUUGGAGGUAGUGAAUGAUUUGUUUGAGGAACAGACAGACUUGGAAAAGAUUGUGAGGAAGAUUAUGCAUCGUGCUCAAACACUACUCAAGUGUGAACGCUGCUCUGUACAGCUACUUGAGGACAUCGAGUCUCCGGUGGUAAAGUUUACUAAGUCCUUUGAACUACUGUCACCAAAGUGUAGUGCAGACACAGAGAACAGUUUUAAAGACAGUAUGGAAAAGUCAUCAUAUUCAGACUGGCUGAUCAACAACAGCAUAGCUGAGCUGGUGGCCUCCACUGGUCUGCCGGUCAACAUUAGCGACGCCUACCAGGACCCCCGCUUCGAUGCCGAGGCUGAUCAGUUUUCCGGCUUCCACAUCCGCUCUGUUCUGUGUGUGCCUAUUUGGAACAGCAACCACCAAAUAAUUGGUGUCGCACAGGUUUUAAACAGGUUGGAUGGGAAGCCUUUUGAUGAUGCAGACCAGAGAUUGUUUGAGGCAUUUGUGAUAUUUUGUGGGUUGGGGAUCAAUAACACAAUAAUGUACGAUCAGGUGAAGAAGUCUUGGGCCAAACAGUCUGUGGCUCUGGACGUGCUGUCAUAUCAUGCCACUUGCUCUAAGACAGAAGUGGACAAGUUUAAGGCAGCGAACAUCCCUCUGGUGUGUGAGUUGGGCAUUGAUAAGCUCUCUUUUGAUGACUUUUCUCUGGACCAGGAUGCCAUGAUAACUGCAGCCUUGCGCAUGUUCAUGGAGCUUGGCAUGGUGCAGAAAUUCAAGAUAGACUAUGAGACAUUGUGUAGGUGGCUGCUGACUGUAAGGAAGAACUAUCGUAUGGUUCUGUACCACAACUGGAGACAUGCGUUCAAUGUUUGCCAGUGCAUGUUCUCCAUGCUUACUACUGCAGGCUUUCAAGAGACCCUCUCAGAGUUGGAGAUCUUAGCACUCAUUGUGGGCUGUGUGUGUCAUGAUUUGGACCACCGUGGAACCAACAAUGCCUUCCAAGCCAAGACAGGUUCUGCUCUAUCGCUCCUCUAUGGGACCUCAGCUACAAUGGAGCAUCACCACUUCAAUCAUGCUGUCAUGAUCCUGCAGAGUGAAGGCCAUAAUAUAUUCUCCAAUUUGUCAUCCCGGGAUUAUGGAGACCUUAUGCAGCUGCUGAAACAGUCCAUCCUGGCUACAGAUCUCACAUUGUACUUUGAGAACCGAAACCGUUUCUUUGAGCUGGUAAAUAAAGAGGAAUAUAACUGGAAUGUUAAAGAACACAGAGAUAUGUUCAGAUCAAUGUUAAUGACUGCAUGUGAUUUGGGAGCUGUGACCAAGCCAUGGGAAAUCUCUCGCAAGGUAGCAGAGCUGGUCACAAGUGAGUUUUUUGAGCAGGGAGACAGAGAGAGAUCUGAACUGAAGCUGACUCCUUCUGCCAUCUUUGACCGGAACCGAAAGGACGAAUUGCCGAGUUUACAGUUGGAAUGGAUCGAUGGUAUCUGUGCCCCACUGUAUGAGGCUUUUGUGAAACUGAACCCUAAGCUGCAGCCGAUGGUUGAUAUGAUCCAGGCCAAUCGUGCCAUGUGGGAUGAGCAGCACCAGAAGCGGCAGCGCAUCCAAGAACUUGUGAAUCUCCCCAGCACUACCUGUGAUGGUGACCUGGGUGACAAGGAUGUGCUCAAAGCUGCGAGUUAGCUCCUGCCCACCACACCUCAUCAUGACCUCUGACCUCUUAUCUGCAACCCAACCGCAGUGCUGUGCAUGUGGGGAGUUUUGGCUCUGCUGCGAGCUUCCGUCUGCUGGAACGAUGAUCGCAAUCUGAUCUUACAGUGCCCCUGCAGGCUGCAUGUAUUAGCUCUCACCACCGGGGUGCGAGAGAACCAGGCAGCUGUGUGACUUGAAUGUUUCUGUUUGGCAUUGAUGUUUUUCUUACCCAGAAAAGUCUGAGAAUAGUUCUAGACUCAGGAAGAGGCAGUGUCUUUAGACCUAGAACUCUAAUGUAGAUGCUGUAUUGUAGGACCUGGCCAGCUGUGUUGUUAGGGAUGGCUAGGACUGAGCAUUGCCACUGUUUCCACAGUUGUAUUACUGAAGUGUAAUCACUGAGUGUUUGAUUAUUCUGAAUGUAAAUCUUUCAGGAGUGCAGAGCUCUCUAUUUUGUAUUGUACAUAUUUAAUUUAAGGUUAUUGUUUGUCUGUUUUUUUUUUCCACCUGAUGUAAUUAUUAUUGGAUCAGAGGUUUGCUGGGCUUAAAGGCUCGUGGCCAUGCUUGCAACGCAAAUACAAUAGAGUGCUGCUAUUUGUGCCUUGGUUAAAAUUCUUUAUGAAAGAUGCAUGCAGUCUUCUUCCAGCUUCAUAAUUAUCUAGGGACUAGGUUUUAUAUCAUUAAGAGUUGUGCAGCCGGUAUGAUGUCGUAAAACUCCCUUUGGAAUUGUGAUGUUGCUGCUUGCGCCUAUUUUGGUUCUAUUAAUUAACUCAGGCGUGGUGUGAGAGGUCCAUGCAUUACCAUAGAACAUUUACAUUAACGCACUCAUCUAUAUUCACAAUUUAUCUUAUUAGAGCUGAUCCAAGCAUUAGCCAUAUUAUUUCGUGUACUGCGGUUGUGAAGUAGUCGACUAAACGGCAGUCAUAUUACUAUCCUGAGCCCAAGACAAUACAGAAAGAACAUGUGCCUUUAUAAAUAUUACUAAAGCAUGUUGUCUUCACGAUAACCACGUUUUAUGGUUGAAGACAUCGUGAACAUCAGCAUCAUUGAAAAUAUUUUUGUCGAUUUGGUUUAAAACUGCUUUCAGUCCUUAUGGCAGAUUUUCCAAAAAUAGUUUUAUAGUCUUUUCUAUUGGACUAAUAAGCCGGAGAGGGCCACAACAACUAUCACUACUACAGUUUAGCUGAAGGUAAAUGCAAAUAGACUAAGCACAAGCACAAUACUGGAUCAGCCUAACCAAAAAAAACCAAUACAAAUCCAAUAACUGAGUUUAAUGAACUCUGUUGUUGAACCCGUUGUGCCUGCUACCACAUGGCCACACAAUUAUUACCCGCUCACAGGUUCCACUGACACCAAGGUGCAGGUAAUGUCAUUCCACAUCAGCUGCAGCUGUGUUUAAUCACCUAUUAGACUGUUAUUUGCUAACACAGCUGGACAUCCAGUGAGCUGAUCAUGACUGACAUUACAGGACUUUAUACAACUUUUGGGUUUUUCACAAGCAGUUGUUCUGGAUGGCAGCUGAGCUAUAUAAAUGUGAAUAUGCACAUAAAAUGAAUCCAUGAAAAUCACAAUUCUGUCUGGUUUACGUCGCUAUAGAAACACCACUCAUGAAGAGCAUCCUUCAGUCACACACAUUCGUUGACCCUGGAGAUUGACAGUGUUUCAGUGUUUGCUUUUUUUUUUGUAAUUUUUAUUUUAUUAAUUUUUUUUUUUACAACCACUAAAUCUCCUUGUUUAUUUUGAAUGUCAUUGCUCUGAAAUAUUUAACUGUAGUUUUCCUGUGAUUAUCUGGUCACAGUUUAAAUUUGUGUUGUGGCAUUGUGAAAGUGUAGACUGAGACAUUGCAAGUGCUCUGUGGCAUGGAUCUUCCUGCUCUUGGGAAAUCAACUGAAAUAACAUGCUAACUGACAAUGGGACAAAUUUAACUGCAUGAGGAAAUAACUGCUCUAGAUUUAGGGACUGAAGUGACAAAUUAAUGACCUUCACUGAGAUUUCCAUCAACGUUUUUAAUGUGCGUGCAUGAAUAAUGAUUAUUGCACCAUAGUGGGGGAAAAUAGUGUCAAAUCUAGUUUUUUUUUUUUUUAUUUCCACAUGGCCUGUUUUUUUGGGGGUAUUAUUACUACUAUUAUUACUGUUAUAAAUAAUUAGUCAUCACAUCCACAUAUCAGAAUUUUUGUUUCUUUUUAAGGGACAAUAAAAAAAAACUGAGGUGUCUUUAAAGCAUGUUAUUUGGAAAUGUGUACUGUUUGAUUCAAAUAAACGUGCUGCUAG